GAUUCGCGUAAUUUUUUCCGAGUUUAAAAAAACUGGGUCUCUUACUCAAAACGGAGCAGAAAUUCAAAUUUCAAUUCUGCAUUAUUGUAUCAAUAUUUCUGCAAAACCACAAAAGGAGGAUGGGCUUUGAAUUGGAUGAACAACAGAAAAACAUGAUGAACAGUAUGGCUAAAUAUGAGAGUGGAGACAAUUGCGGUGGAAUAAUCACUAUUGCUACUUCAACAAAUGAUCGAAUAGAAGAAGUAUUGAUAUCCCAUAUUUUUGAGCAAAACAAAACACUCCAAAACGGUUCCAAGCCAAAUAAAACGUUAAUGGUCGGAUCGCCCAGUUGGACAAAUAAGCUUCAAAAACUACCGAGCAAGUGCAAGAAAGUGCCAGAAGUGCCAGAAGAAUGCUCAGAAAAUUCAAAAAACGACGAUAUUUCCUUUUACAAACUAAAAAAGACAACUAAAAGUCAGGAUUUUGCUAAUUGUAAGGAAGACAUCGUUCUCGCUAAUUACGGUUUGCUGGAAACCAUACAAGAAUUGAAAGUCACAUGGGAGCGAAUAAUUUUUCACGAUUUCUCGCUUGAAACCAAAAAUAACUACCAACAAUUCGAAACAGUCUGUAAAUUGAAUGCGACGUUUCGCUGGUACAUCACUGAAAAUCACAAACAAGACCGCCUGGAGGAAUAUUUGGUCGCAGAUGAUGGAAAGCGAAUACAUGUCAAAGGGGACAUAGACACAUUUUUGGAUCAAGCCAAUCUGUAUUUACCGAGUGCUGAACCAAAGUCAAGAAACCUGAAAACUCCUUUGGAUGAUCGUCAAAAAGAUUUCAAGAGUAAUUUGGCUCAACGUGAAAAUGAGCCUGUCCGUGGAGGAGUUAUAACAACUCUGAUUAGAGAUAUUCUAAUAAAGGAAGCAAUUAUUGAAUUUCUUCUGGAUCGAAAGAAUACGAGCGAAGAAUAUGGUCAUUCGAUGGGGAAAACUUUACUGGUUGUGCCACCCGAUAUGAUAGAAUCUUGGAAGAAACUUCUCGAAAAACUUUUGGAAAAAGAUGAUCUCGUGAUUCACUACUUCUAUAGAAAUGAAGACAAAAAGCCAGAUGAUAGUCAUGAAGUCGUUAUCACUACUUACGACAUGCUCAAAAAUAUUGAAAAUCGGAACAUUCUAUGGAAACGAAUUAUUUUCGAGGAUAAUUAUUCAGCGAGCGAAAAAGACAGGCAACAAUAUCAAUUACUUUUUUCAUUUCUUUGCCAGUUACAUGCGGAAUAUCGUUGGUGCCUGACGGAAAAUCCGACGCAACAAAAAUUGGCUCGUUUUAUGAAUCGGAAAGAAUAUGGUGAAAGUCAUAAUUUGAUAAAAUCAAUUUCUUUGGGAAAUGCUAAAGACGAUGAAGAAAAAAGCACUGCAAAACUGGUUAAAAACAUUGAAGGCUUUUUGAAGCAAGUUACCUUGCGUUUCCCAAGAAGUCCGAAUGAUUAUAAAAAACACAUAACUAAUGCAAAAAAAGAAAAAAACGAAAAUGAGCCCAAUAUCAGCAAAUUUUGCAACAAUAUGUUAGCCGCAAUAGUCAGCUACACCAAAGAGUUCUACAUCAAACAUUUCAAAAUUUGUGCAGAAAGUGAUGAGGAUAUAGAAGAAAUGUAUGAUUCAUUUUGUGCUGGUUUUAAAAACACGUCGGAUGUCGGUCUUAUUAUGAAAAUAUGGGUGGACGCGCACUUUAACUUUUCCAAAAGCGAGCAAGAUCGUUGUUUCAUUGGGAAAACAGCAAUGAAAAAUAUUAUCGAAAAUUUUGAGAAAGCAAUCAAAAUAAUUGAGAAAGCUACGCAAACAUCUAUUGAGGAAAGCUACAACCAAAUGAGAGCUGCUAGGAGUGGAAAACGACCAAUAGAGGAAGUUAAAGCUUCAAAAGCUUAAGCCAUGCCAAUUAAAUAUAGAAAAUGCAACAAAAAAACGGGAAUCAUGUUUAACAAUUGUUUUUAUUUGUGAAAAAAAAGAUGAAAUUGUUACAAGUGCUUUGUUAUUUUAUAUUUAAAAAUGCGUAUACAUUAUACAAACAUGAAAUUUAAAUUAUAUCUUUUAUAGUCCCAAUAAUCCCACUAUGUUCUCUUUUUUAAAUAAAGAUGGUUUAAACAUAUCCCCA